AAAAAAUAACGACCUUAGCUAAGGUCACUAAGGGAGCGGCUGUCAGGUUUUCAGCAAAAAAAUUCGAUGAUCGCAUAUUUUGGCAUUUUAAAGGACAUUGCCUGCAAGCUGGAAUCAUUGUAGGCAUUUGGAAGGCUGGAGGAAUUGGGACGGUGUCGGCUGAGAUAUGUCAGAGUCGAAAAGGAAUGACCCCUCACCGCUACAACAGAAGAACUACAGAACAGGGCUUGUCUACGAUGAGCGAAUGACACUUCAUAAAUGUAGCUUCGAUCUCAACCAUGUGGAACAUCCGGAUCGAGUGUCCAAGAUGUAUGACUACCUGCAGGAGGAGGGGCUAGUGUCCAGGUGUGUCCGCAUCAUCGCUGGACCGGCCACAGAGGAGGUGGUCCUUCUUGUGCACAGCCCAGAGUACAUUGCCCAAGUCCAAGCCUGGCAGAAGGAAGCUGAGGUGGAUCCAAACCAGAACCCUUGCAAACUGGAGGAGGGAAGCCCCACCUACCUGAGCCCUCAUGUGUACAGCUGUGCCAUGUUGGCGGUGGGCUGUGCCAUCAAACUGGUGGAAGCUGUUCUUCAGGGGGAGGUGGACAACGGGCUUGCUAUUAUCAGACCCCCAGGCCACCAUGCUGAGAUGGACGAGGCUGUGGGUUUCUGUUUCUUCAACAACACGUCCAUCGCUGCCAGAUACGCACAGACAGAAUUAAAUGUCAAAAGAAUACUAAUACUGGACUGGGAUAUUCACCAUGGCAAUGGAACCCAGCAUGCCUUCUACACAGACCCUAGCGUACUGUACCUGUCGCUACACCGUUACGACCAGGGGAAGUACUUCCCGUACAUGGACGCAUCCAAUUUCUCUGCUGUGGGGGAAGGAAAGGGCGAGGGCUUCAAUGUCAAUGUUGCAUGGAAUAAGGGUUCGGAGGUCAUAGGAGACUUGGAGUACAUAGCUGCAUUCCACAGAAUCGUUCUGCCUGUUGCUCAGGAGUUUAAUCCAGAUUUGGUGUUAGUAUCCUGUGGUUUUGAUGCUGCAAAAAAAGACCCCCUUGGGCGGUGUAAUGUUACGCCGGGAUGCUAUGCAUACAUGACACAUCACUUGAAAAGUCUAGCACAGGGUAAACUUGUGCUAAUAUUAGAGGGUGGCUAUAAUGUACAGGAGAUGUCGCAGUGUAUGGCGGCCUGUUCCAGGGUACUGCUGGGGGAGGCCCCACCCACUGUUGCCUCAGGGAUUCCUACUAGAAUUUCAGAAACAAGUAUUGCCAACACCAUCCAAGCCCAUCGGAAGUACUGGAAAUGUCUGCAGGACCACAGACCUUCUUCCCUGCCUGAUGACUGAUAACAUGUACGGCCCACCAGCAGCUACGGGGUCCUGCUCCAAAUCAGUUCAGAGGGCGCUGUCCGUGUCGAUGUCAGCAAAAAAAUUUCAGUGGUCUGUACUUUCAUGCAAACUUACACCAUUGAGAAAGGAAAGAAUUACAUCACUAAAUUGUAUAGGAAUUCCUCACCUUUCCAUGUCAAGAACUUCUCUUUACUGUCACAUCAUCAAGUUGUUUCAAAAUAUCAUGUCCAGUACAACAAUAGAAAUAAUUUUGCAAAUUCUUAAAGAUUCAUUCCAUCCAAUUUGGUUUGGUCAAUAGCAUUUAUUGUUUUAACUUUUGAUGAUGGUAUAUACAUGUAGAUGAUAAAUAAAAUUUUCCAGCCAGAUUAAAUGCCUUUUAAUGUUACCAAAAUUCAGAGCUUUUUCCAUUAAAUUUUGUUGUUGCCAUUGUUUUUUUCCAAAUGUAUUUGGUUUCCUAACAGUAGAUCUACAUCUUGUACUUUCAUGUAAAAAAAUUAAGUAAAAAUUAAAAUUCUUGGAUGAGAACCCAAGCUCCCCUUAUCUGAGUGAAAAUCAACUUCAAACCAAAGUUGCAAUUUUUAACAAAAUAUUACAUCUUUAGAAAUUUCCACCCUUCAACAUGAGUAAACCACUCAGCUGUGUGUUGUGGUGAAGUUAUAUAUGACCUAGAGACCAAUAAGUGCUUUUUUGAUAGCAGAGACAUUAUUUGUCAGAAACAAUGCUAGAAUGCAGACUAGCAUUUGAUACUGCACAGUUCCAAAUUUCUACUGCUACACUGGGAGCUUUGGGUGCUGAAGGUUGAAUGCAUGUAGAUUUUCAUGUGUUGAUGCAAAAGUCUGUGACUUGCAUUAUUUGGUUAGAACAGCAAAAGUUAUGCUGAGAAGUGUACCAAAGAAGUAAACAACUUUUUUUUUAAAGUCUUAACAAUUUAAGUCUGCAAUGGUACAAGAGUGUUGGGGGUGAUUUAGCACAAUAUCUGAGUAUUUGUUACUCAAACAAAUUGCAACCUUGUCAUGUGAAUAUCAAGGUCAUUAGCACCAGGAGACAUAUUAAGAAGAAUAGUAGCAACAGUUUUAAGAAUCAAAACACAACUUCCACCUUCUGGCCAUGGCACACUUCUUGAGUAGCAGCUAUGAGCAGAAAACAUUUAGGACCUAUCACAUAUAGCCUCAGAUGCUUGUUUAUCAUUAUAUGGUAUAAAGAUGUUUACUGAAAUAAUGACAGAUUAGUAAAAGAUAUUGCUUGGGUGGUGUGGGUGUGAUUUGUAAGCUAACUUGUUUUUGUCAAAGAUACUGGCAGCUGUCGAAGUAGAAUUGAAAAAUGCACUUUUAAAAAUGUCUUAUUCCUGUAAAUACUGUAUAAUUAUAGAGAAUUUUAUGCACAGUAGAUGCCAUAAGUAUAUGUACCAAUAUGUACAAAGCGAAUGAAGAAUUUAAUAAUGUUAUUUAUUGUGGUCUGGUGUUGUGACCAUCUCCUCUAGAAUGCCCAAAACGUGGCUCAUUGUGUGCAACUCCUGAUUGUGUUUAUGUGGAAUAAAUAUUGUUUUAAUCUGCA